ACAAACAACUGUCCAAUCACACAUCACAAACAAGUGACGACAGGAGAUCCUAAGUGCGCCCAGGAGCCAAGACACAAACACAGCAAGACAAAAGUAGUGGUUCUGAGAUUGAGAAGCAUUGUGGAUCUGCAGAGAAUAAGUAUCUGGGUUGCUCUGUUGGAAGUCUAUUUUACAGAGGAAAGAGAUCUGGGCCUUUUGGAUCUUGUCUGGAUUGUAGAGCUUUUCUGGAUUUCUCCUGCUCCUCCUUGCAAUCCCAGAGUGGAGGGGGAGGCCAAACAGUGGCUUCAGCAGGAAUGAAGUUCGGCUACCAGUCCCCGGUGUUACGCUACACACGGCAUGGUGCAUACACGCCGACACACUACACCCCAAGCCUUUACAGCACAAAGCAGUAUUCCACAAACUCUUACUCCACAAGGCACUAUGGAUCAGUAACAUACAUGCCGGCUUACACACCACCUGCUUACACGCCCGCUUACAAAAGCCUCUCCACAUGCACCCCCACCUACAGAAGCCUGUCAGCCUACACCACCUCCGACAGCAAACCCAGACGACAGAACAGGAGCCACAGUUCACCUGCACCACACACUUGUGCAACAGCAAUCAAACCCUCGCGCUCGGUGCGCUUCACCAACGACGUCGUUUUCCUAGACCAUGUCCGACAUGGAGACCUGGAGAUGAUUGGCCGUUUCAUGAGAGCAAGAAAGGUGCGAGUGGACACGAUCUUCCAUUCUGGCAUGGCAGCACUUCAUGAGGCUGUUCUCUCUGGGAACCUGGAGUGUGUGAAGCUCCUCAUAAAAUAUGGUGCUGAUGUCCACCAGAGAGAUGAGAAUGGUUGGACACCACUUCACAUGGCCUGCAGUGAUGGCUAUCCUGAGAUUGCACGGUAUCUGCUCUCUCUGGGUGCCAGUGUAGAAGCUGAGAAUGAGAACAGGGAGAAGCCAGCUGACCUUAUUGACCCCAGCUGCAAAGAGCUGGUCAAUCUCUUUGAAGUUGGCUGUGUCUAAUAGCUAGCAUGAGAGUAAAGCCUGAAAGAACUGUGCCAAAAUCCCUGGGCUCAAGUUCAUCAGUGAGAAUGGGACCAUCAAAAUAGCCACUGUUUAUUGUUCGCAUUGAGAACAGAGACUGGGACAAGAACAUUCAGAUGGAAUUUACAACUCACUGAAUAAAUGUUUUUAUUUUGUUUUGCUUUUCUUUUUUUUGUGAAAGAAAGUGUUCUUUAUUAUUUCAUUUUUUUCCCUUUAUUUUUUCCAUAUGGGUAUUAAAAUGCAGGACACAUGGCCACAGAGAAAUAUAUGUGCACCCACAUUCCUCUCUGUAUGCUGCUUUAACCUCCUUCUCACCUUGGCCCUGCUAAUCCCGCUUCCCCAUUUAUGCACCAACUGGCAACCACAUGCAUGCUACACCCUAUGAAUUUUUACAGCAGGACCUUAUCUGGAGUCUUGCUCACACUAUGUUAUGAUGCCCAACCCAACUGGAUUAUUUCAUCAAUUCAACCAUGUCACCUCAGAUAUGCCUUAAAUCUGGCAACCACACGGUGACUAAAAUACAUCAGGACGACCCUAAGUAGUAGUGGCUGUUUGUAUCAUGAAUCUGGACAUAGCAUCUGAAAUGCAGUGCUAUUUGGAGAACACUGUCCUGUCAAUGCUUUUGUGCCUAAUAUUAAACACAGUAAAGCACAAUGUGUACUUGUAGAUAUUUUACAUGUCCUCAAAUUGCUAAAACCACGUGUCUCUAGUCUGCAGGGCAGUUGAAGAAACACUGAAAAAAUAUACUUUGGAUGCAAUUUGUAUACAGGCAAAAUAAUAUUGUUUCUGUACUGCUUAAACUGAGUGCACGGUAUCUACAGACUUGUUGAAUGUCUUGUAAAAGUCUUAUGUUUCUUUUGUACUGUUUUCAUAAAUAAACGUUAUUUUUUAACAGCA